GCUUAACAGUCUGGUUCUCAAAAUGCAAAAUAAAACAAGUUCAACAAAGUAAAAUUUUCAUUAAACCAGUUUUAAACGUUAUUAUCACAAGGGACGCCGAUAUAAAAAUCUGUAUGCGUGUCUUGCCACAGGCUUUAGGUUUUAUAAGAGCUUAUUCAGGAAGAGCUAUGGCGUCUUUUAAACCAGUGGUGAUCAGUGGACCUUCUGGAAGUGGCAAGAGCACGCUCCUUCAGAAAAUGUUCAAAGAUUUUCCAGGAUGUUUUGAGUUUAGUGUUUCUCACACAACAAGGAAGCCGCGUGAAGGGGAAACAGACGGGAAAGAUUAUUAUUUUGUGGACAGAGCUGUGUUUGAAAAAAUGGUAGCUGAUGGAGGUUUCUUAGAGCAUGCCCAAUUUUCUGGGAAUUGUUAUGGAACUAGUAAAAUGGCGGUGGAGAAGGUUCAGUCAAGUGGAAAGAUCUGUAUCCUUGAUGUGGAGAUUAAUGGUGUAAAAAAUAUAAAAGCUACAGAUUUUAAAGCUAAAUAUAUAUUUGUUCAACCACCUAGUAUGGAAGCAUUGGAGAAGAGAUUGCGAGGUCGUGGCACUGAAACUGAGGAAAGUUUAAAGAAAAGGUUAGACACAGUACAAGAAGCUCUAGAUUAUGCAAAAGUACCAGGUGCUUAUGAUCAUAUUAUAAUCAAUGAUGACUUAGAUGUAGCAUAUGAAAAGUUGAAAGGCAUUUUAUGUACAGAUUUAAAAAGUGUACAGAAUGGAAACUAGAAGACAUACAACAGGUACAGGCCGACUUUUACAAAAAAGGGAGGUAAAUUGUCUGGAGAGAAAUCUGCAAUAAAAAGAAUGCAAUAUGUGGGAUGAAUGGUAAAAUAUCAGGGGAAAACAUACUUUCAAUCAUUAAAUAUUAUCUAAAACUUAACUAUCUAUGCUUUUACAUGAUAUAGCUCAUGUUAUUGUCAACGAAAAUUGUUGUUCUCAAUGUAUUUUUUAUCAUUAUUUUAAUUUAUUGAAAGUACUUUUGGGAAGCAAUUAUUGUUAAGCUUCUUUAAAGGCUGAUCUGAGAUUUUUUGACAUGACAGGACUGGAAAUAUUUUUUUAAGGCUAAUGUUCCAUUUGAUAUAGGUAUUGACCAAAAACUUGGUGUUUUUUUCUGUGAAAAAUUUCAGAUUAUUUACACGCUUCGUUUUUCUAGAAAAUUGUUCUUAGUGUGAAAAUAUGAUCCAAAAAUGAAAUUCGUUGCAAGGCUUGUGACAAUAGCACAAAAUACAUUAUAACUGUGAUGUUGUAAAAAAUAUUGUGCUUUUAUGUUUUUGUUCUGUUGUGAUAUUUUGACUGUGAUGGCAAUUUGGCAUAAAGGUAUAUACUAAAUUGGAAGGUCAUUUACAAUAUGAGUUGCAUCACAACAAAACCAACAUAAUGGGAUUGCGACCAGCAUGGAUCCAGACCAGCCUGCGCAUCCCCGCAGUCUGAUCAGGAUCCAUGCUGUUCGCUUACAAACCCUAUAACAAGUAGAGAAACUGAUAGCGAACAGCAUGGAUCCUGAUCAUACUGCGCGGAUGCGCAGGCUGGUCUGGAUCCAUGCUGGUCGCAAACCCAUUAUGUUGGUAUUGUCAUGGCGCGGCUCAUAUAAUCCAUUUCAUGAGCUUUAUAUCAAGAUAUCGUCAGAUAACCCACGGCCUAACUCAUUAACAUUAUGUUACAUGCUUAUCAACCUUUGGUAUGCAACAUAUAUAUUAAGCUAACUUAAUGAAAUCCAAACAUUAAAAUCAUAUCACAAGAGCCUCCAAGAAAUACUAUAAAUGUAAAAAUAAAUGAGAUUUUCAGUUAUGAUCAAUUAUUAUGUAAUUUUUCUUAACAUUUCUUUGAUUAGAUAGAAUCAAGUUUCGCAGACUCCAGUGUGCAUGCAUUUUUUUGUUACUAUGCUUUUAUUCUGUUUUAAUAUGCUUUUAUUCUGUUUCCUUAGUGUUAUUCUGAAUUUUGUUGUUUGGAAAAGAAGCAUGUACAAAAGCAGGGGUGUUGGAGCAGUAUCCCCCAAUAAGCAAGUGUGCUAGUAUAUAAAUAACUCAUGGGUUUGUGGGUAACAGUAAAAUUAUCAUCCCGAGGAUGUUCAAACAAACAUAAAAUGCAAUAUAUAAUUUUUUUUUUAUCUUUGUUUGAACAUCUUUUAACAGUUUUUUAAAGAAUAAAGUAUAUGGUAUUUCAAAAACACUGUUCUUGCAAUAAAUGUUAAAUAUAAUAAAUACAAUAAGUAUUAUUGUAUUUUAUUUAAGAUUUAGAGUGAUAUGUAAAAAUGGUGUGUAAGACUUGGAAAGAUAUUUUCUUUCAAUUUCUCAGUAAAUUCACAGUAUCAUUAAAUUGUGAGACACAUUACAUACAAAGAUUUUUUGUUACUCACAUUUUACAUGAUAUAUGAACACUAUAAUUAUAUUCUUUUUUUGUUUCUAAAUGACUGACAUGACUUUAUUUCCCGACUUUUUCAAUUGCCGUUAUAGUUUUACAAUGAAUAUGUAUGUCUCCUUUAUAAUGGAUUUUAAUUAGAGAUACAUUCCAAUGUAUGAAAUGAGUAUUGUUGAAAAUAGUUUUAUUGUUCCCAGUUGUAUGAAUUGUACUAUCAACAAAAAAUAUGUGAUUUUCUAAAUUUUUAGAGGGCAUAGUAGAAAAAAAGUCCCCCAUAUUAUCAUAAUAUGUAAUCCAACCUUUUUGCCAGUAGAAUAUGUGGUGAUAUUUAGCUUGUUUUAACACCCACCUAAAUAUAUUUUCUUUUAAAGAUAGAAGUAUGGGUCAUCUUUAAAGAUGGAAGUAUGGGUCAUCUUUAAAGAUGGAGGUAUGGGUCAUCUUUAAAGAUGGAAGUAUGGAUCAUCUUUAAAGAUGGAGGUAUGGUCAUCUUUAAAGAUGGAAGUAUGGGUCAUCUUUAAAGAUGGAAGUAUGGGUCAUCUUUAAAGAUGGAGGUAUGGGUCAUCUUUAAAGAUGGAAGUAUGGGUCAUCUUUAAAGAUAGAAGAAUGGGUCAUCUUUAAAGAUAGAAUGGGUCAUCUUUAAAGAUAGAAGAAUGGGUCAUCUAUAGACAUCCACCAAUUAUUUAAAGUGUUUUCUGAAUGAAAUAAUGUCCACCUUCUUUAUCAGUGUUUACUUCAAUGUGUGUGUUUGGGGGGUGGGGCGCCAAAUACAAGUUUGGGGGAUAGGGAUUAAAGAGGAAUGUCCAUAAUUUUUUCUCCUUCAAAUUGAUGCUUAUACUUGAAAUGUCUGAACUACAGCAGAUUUUGUUUUCUUAUUUUCAUUUCCAAUUAUUUUUUUAAUACUUAAUAAUUUCUUUAAGUCUCUAAAGCAAAAACUAAUUUUGCUUCUUUUUUCAAUCCACUUAGAACUUUAUAGGCACUGUUUGUGUAUAUGUUUAGAUUACAUUAAUCUCAAUCACCUUGUGCCAUAAAAUACUUUGUCACAUUUCUAUUUUAUCAGUCGUUUUUUUUUAUGUUUUUAAUUAUUCAAAGUCAUGUUCACAUGUUCAAAUUCACAACUGUUACAUUGGAUUUUUUUACUUAUAAAUUCUUAACAUAUAAACCGUCUCAAAUGUAUCCGACUUUUUUAUGCAAAUUGCAAAUUUUUCCUUUUUGAUACAAUCUCAAUUUCUUAAUGCUUGUCUCAAUCAAUGAGAAGGAUUAUUGUAUUAGGAAAAAUGGGCGGUGCAUUGAGUCAUUUAUAUAUUGACAUAUUAGGAAAAAUGGGCGGUGCAUUGAGUCAUUUACAUAUUGACAUAUUAGGAAAAAUGGGCGGUGCAUUGAGUCAUUUACAUGUUUACAUAUUAGGAAAAAUGGGCGGUGCAUUGAGUCAUUUACAUAUUGACAUAUUAGGAAAAAUGGGCGGUGCAUUGAGUCAUUUACAUAUUGACAUAUUAGGAAAAAUGGGCGGUGCAUUGAGUCAUUUACAUAUUGACAUAUUAGGAAAAAUGGGCGGAGCACAAAGUCUGUUAGAAUAAUAAUGGGGUUUCUUCUUAAUUGAAAAAUGUACAGUCUUCACCAUUUCUUUUAAUUUUCUACUUUUUUUUCUAACGUUCAAUUUUGUCUGUACUCUUUACUUAUUUUGUGAUAUAAUUUUAUGUAUAUUAUUAUACAAUAUGUAUUGUAGAAUGUUCUGUAUAUUAAAUGAAGAUUUGUAAAUAUUUUUGUUUACAUGUAGGGACCAUUUUACAGAUUUCUAUUUCUUUAUUAAUUCUUAUGUAUUCUUACUUGGAAAAAAAUAUUGUUUCUUUGGAAUAAAAUACAAAUUUGAAAUCAUACACAAUAUUCAUGUAUGCUCGAUUUUGUAUAAUAUUUUGAUUUAUUGAAAUACUUCAUACAUAAUGUAUUAUUUUAAUGCAGCAAGUUAUAAAAGUGUGGAUAACUUAAGGAGUUUGAUAUUACAGACACAGACACAUGUAUGAACAGACACGUUACAAAUUUAAAUUAAAAAGAAAAAUGGAAAAAAAAA